AUGGUGUGCCUUUCGCCGAAAUUGUACUUUUUUAUUCUUCUUUGUACAUGGAUUUCUUGUCAGUUUUUUGUUCCCUCUGAUUCCCGCACUUUGUUGAGACGGGUAAGCUUCUUGAAUUAUUGUAAAAGCAAAUGAUAUGUCAAUAUUUUAAGUUGUAAUGUUUCAUAAAAUUUGAAUUUCGUUUUGAUGUUGAGCAUUCACGUGAGCUUCUCUAAACUCUGUUUCAUUCAAGUUUAUAAAAAAAUAUUUAAGCGUAAGCUUACCCGAGUGUUUAUUUUAGGCGGCAGGAUAUGCAGAGGAGAACAAUUCAUCAUCAAAUAGUACAGAAGAUGAGGCGGAUCCAUGCUCAGAAGACAAAAAUGGAUUGUAUCCAUGCUCAUCGACGGUAAGUCAAGUUUUUAAAUUUUGCUAGGUAGUUGUCCAAAUGAGCUUGUUUGGACUUCGCCAUUGCUGCACGUAUUUCCAUACAGUACACUGUUUCAGCUAAUUCUAAACGAUCUGCUGAUCAGUAGAGAAUGAAAAAAUAUUUAUAGCUUAUUCUUAGUUUGAGUUAGCCAAUUCUUACUCGUUCUUCAAAAAUCUGUAAAACAGAAGGCUUUCCGUGAAAGAACGGGAUUAUUAUUAUUUUAUCUUACUGCUGCGAUAAAGUUAAGAUUGUAAGAUGUUUACCGCCAUAUUUCGCUGUCCAUUUCAUCUCUUUUCUUUGUUAGCAAGGGAAGCGUGUAAACAAAAUUAUGAUAAUACACGCCCGCCUGGUGCCCGCCCUAGUUCAAGUUAUCUUUCGGUUCCAGUAAGCUAACAUUAAAAAACGGAAAAUUAGUGGGUUUUCAGCCCGAAAAUUUUGAACGCUGAUAUUAAAGUUUACAUGAAUAUGACCUCAUUUACUGCGUCUUGUCAAAUUUGUAAGCUUAGCCAGUAGUAGAUUCGUUCAUGGUCAGUUUCACACCUAUAAUGGAUGAGCUCUUUUUCCAAAAUGUAAGCUUAAGUCCAUGUGUUUGCCCCUAAAACAGUUUUUGCUUGUUGCUAUCCCAUGGAUACCAUUAUCAAAGUGUCGAAUAAUAACUUGUCAAAUUUAAGUUUGAAAACUUUAGUGCAGUUAUCUCGGCUGCUGUGUACUGAAGCGUAAGAAUAUUGUUUUGCACUUUCCGAAGGGUGUUGGUUUCUAGAUUUUACCAUCCCAUUUCUCGAGAAUGUACGUGUUAAAAGCCUGGAGCCGCUAAAGUACCUUUAAUGCUCGUACGGACUGCAAGGUUCACCAAAAUUUGCAGAAGUUUAACCCCAACCUUGCAAAUACCACGUACGUUUAAUAUUUUACCUGUUAGUUUUUUUCGCAAUCUGAGAAGUAAGACCUUAGUUUGAAUUUUGGUUUCCUACUUCCGAUUGUAUUUGUUCAGAAAAGCAAAACUUAUUUAAUCCAAAGGGUGGAAAACUUGACGCUUCCACGAGCCAUUGAACUGGAACGUUUCAGUGGUUUAUAUUUUUUCCAGCUCACUGAUCAAGACAAGACGCCUGCAGAAGAAUAAUGCAAAAAGCUUCUUUGAAAUGCAAAUGUUUCUGCCCGAUUACCUAUUGAACGCCUGGAACAAGCUAACUCAAAAAAGAACUGUCGAGUCAGGACUCGCUAAUCAUUCCCUUCACAACACCCCAAAAAUUAAGUAGAUUUGUUUAUACAAAGUGCAGUCAUUGCCAGCCACUUUCAUCCUUUGCCUGACCAUUUAAAUUCCAUGUUUUAAAUGGUUUCAUCUUUGUUGUUUGUUUUUAUGCUCAUUUAACCUCAGCUUGGCGUCAAACUGUAAGCUUGAGUGCACUCCUGAUGAAUCAACCAUUGUUAUUUGUGGGCUUUAAAAUUUAAAUGCCUAACGGUUCUUGAACAUUCCACUUUUUGUGAAUAUAUAUUUUCUGGGGCUUUAGCCACACCCACACUUGGCCACAAAUUAAAUCAAGGUGAAUAUUAAUUGUAAACUUUUGAUGCUAACACUUAACCAUAAAUAAGUCACAAAAAAGGAGGGAAACUUAAAUUGGCUGCUAUAUUUCUCAAAACUUAACAAUAAGAGCUACCAAAUAUUUACUCAACUAAUAGUGACAAAUUAUAAAAUAAACAACUUGUCACCUCAGUUCUCCUUAAAAGUUCUUGGGUGUGUUAGUUGAAUGUGUUUUUAUUUGUGCAAGUGCAUGAAACUAGUUUAGUAGAAAUAGGUUAUUGCAAAAAUCUGGUGAAACUAAAAAGGGUCACCAGUGGGAAUAAAGGGAAACAAGCCAAAGGGUGUCUUGCACCCCAACUUCCUCCAGCGCAAGAGGUGAGACGACAGACCACUGGGCUAUGCGGACACCGUACAAUUUAUUACAUAUAAUUAAUAAUCUUAAAGUAUUUUUCUCUGCCAUUCACACUGUUUGAACCUAAUUUGGAGCUGUAUUUAUCACAAAUUCAAAUAUACAUUUAAGGAAAAAUAGCUUAAACGAGUAUUUCAAAGCCUUUUCGCAUUAUUUUCGUGUUAUUCACUCUCUGGCUUUAUAAUGGCCACUUGAUGAACAUGCUCGUCUUUUCUAGCUCUCGCCGAAGAUCGUGUCACCAUUCUUUCAGUGUUUUAAAAAUUUUCCUCUGCAAGGAUUUUUGGCCACUUUUUGAAUCAGGCAUCAAUGGACACCCAAAGUGCACGAUGAUGUCAUGUUGAGUGGCGUCUUUCAGAAUGUGUUUGUGGUUUGUUGCUUGGCAACUGGGGAUACCAAACCGAUAGAAAGAAAGAUUUAUGACCAAAGCAAAAUCGCACUCCGCUUGUGAUCCGCGCACGACAAAAUUAUAAACUUGCUUCGCUGCGAGAAUUAUAAUUUAUUAUAGUGUCUCCAAAUUAUUAGUGUGUAAACACUAGAAUGACUGACACUUUAAUUAACUAUCUAUAUUUUUAUCUAUCUAUCAUCUAUGGAGUGGAGAAGAUAAUAUUAAUAAAAAGCACUAUUGACUGCUGUAGACUCUGCCAUAUGGUUGAUAACUGUUAAAUGUCACUUUCUAGAUAACUGGUAACCUGCUGCUGAUGGUGUUCUAUGGUGCUAUUCUUGGUGUUGCAGCAAAAUGUAUCUCUGGUAUGGAUUUAUGACAAUUACCUUUCUAAAGCUGUUUUUAUUUACACAGUCUGUGGUCAGUGUUUUAUACCCAGUUCAUGUUUUAUACUCAGUCCAUAGUUUCUAGUCUGCAUUUUAUACCUAGUCCGUGUUUUAUAAUGACCAAUUAUGAAAGAGGUCCACAAGCUACAGUACUACAGUGAUCAGCUGUCAUGAGUAGGAUAUAACCCCAGUAAACUGGAGUGCAGGAAUGACUGCAGAUGUGAUGUGUAUUUAUACCCUAAGAGAAAGCAAAGGUAUGAAUUUAAGAAAAGAUGGAGUUAGCAGGUUUUUUUUCUUAACAGAUGGUGCUGAGCUCUUGCUAGAUCUUGGAUGUUCUCCUUCCUUGGUUGGUAAGUGUUGGAAUAUUAAUUAAAGAUGAGUAAACAAUAAAGCAAACAUGAAAAUAUAUAUGUAUAUGACUGUGUAUAUCAUUGUCUACUUUGUUGCCUGCAGGUGGUAUUGUGCUUCCGUUGCUGGGAGCAGUACCUGACUCUGCUAUCAUCAUUGUUUCUGGACUUGGUGAUGAUGCUCAAACUAAGCUUUCAGUUGGAAUGGGGUGAGUUGUUAAACAAGACUGAUUUCUAAUGAUUAUAGUUAACUUAAAGAUUGUCUCCUUUCUGAACAUUCCCAUUGUAUUUGCUCAUUGCUCUUUUGCUCCCAUGGUUACAACUGUUAGUUGUUUUUUGCCUUUGUGUCGUGAGUUUUUGCAUGGGCACUAUAUAUAUUUCUAAAGCAGGAAUGUUGCCAGGCUUGUUGGUCCCUUUGGCUAUUGGCUUCUCAUUUGAAUAACCCUUGUGUGACAGGUGCCGUUAAAGUGGGGUUGUUGACCUCGGUGAAGUUGCUAUGGUUACCUCUUCAUGUCAGUCUGCUUACUUUGCUCACUGUUACUUGUGUUGUCAUUGCAGGGCUCAAAAUAAUUUUUCAACAGUGGCUGGUGUGCUGUGCACUUGACCAGUCAAAACAACCCUCCAACUAAAUGUUUGUCCUUUGACUGGUCGUUAUUUUGAGCCCUGCAUUACCUGCAUCUAACCUUCAUAUACUGGCCUGUUGGAUAUUGAUGGGUUAAAUCUCUAGUAUUGAUUUUUCUGUGUUGACAAAGUUGCAAAACUAGACCAUAAAAAAAAUCAAUUAUUGUUUCUUUGAUGGUGAAAGUAACUUCUUUAAAUAAUUCACUAUUGUGUGUUGCAACAGCAAGGUUGAAAGUAAACUUGUGUAUGGUCUUUUAAACAGUACACUGGCUGGAAGUACCAUCAUGUUGUUGACUGCUGCCUGGGCAGGCAGCUUGGUUAUCGGCAAGUGUGACCUUAAUGCCUAUGGAGAGGCUAUUGAGGGCAGUGGAUAUGGAAAGAUAAGCUGCAAUAAGCAGGUAAACCAUUAUCAAUAAGAGAUAUUUAUGAUAACUGUUUACUCCUUUGGAGAAUUAGGACAAUGUAACCGAUUGGCCAGUGCAGUUCAUUUGAAGCUUGUCAAGCUACUGUUUUCUUGUCACUAACGAAGGUCAAAACGCUUUUGCUCCAUCGUUGUGCUUUGCAAAAGUUUCACAUGACAGAUAGUCAAAACGUGCAUGAUCAGUUACGGGUGAUGGAAAGUCCAAUCACGCGAGAUCAAACUGUGUUCCGGUCAUUUCAUUCAUUCUUAGCAGAAGUCCAAACAAAUGCUAGCAACAUACAUGUGGCGCAUGCGUAAUAACAACCUAGAGAUCAGGAUUGCGGGCUCCUCUUGUCGCAUGCAAUUAAUUUUUUUUCCUUGGCAAAGCUUAAUAAAUAAGUAAAUAAAUACAUGGACGCCAUAUAUUUGUGGAACCACAGUUUGUUGUGAUCGAGAAAUUUAUUUUGUUACCAUGGCAGCAUGACAUGACUCUAUUAAGAGCUAAAACUUACCAAAAAGCAGUUUGUAGGUUUUUUUUUUUCCAGAAAACAGCUUUCAAAAUUUGAGCAUGUGUGGGAGCUGGGGCUUAAAAAAGUGGCACAGCAUUGUCAACUUUUUCCUUUUGCUAAGUGCUACUUGCACUGUUUUUUUUUCUUUCUUUCUUUUGCUGUGCAUUUAAUAGGCAUCAUUUUUGUUUGAAAAGUUUUAGGAAAGCUUUUAGGAUCAUAGGGUCAGAUGGAAGGUCUGUGGGUGGGUAUAGUGGAACCUUAUUUUCAUCAUAAUUUUCUAGGUCAACUUUACAUUUUUUUUGCCUGUUUCUCUGGCGUCCUUGACUGAAUCAUUCUUCUUCUGUCUUCCCCUGCAAAAGUUAGAGCAGAAAGUUGUCCUUUAUGGUUUUAACUAUUGAUGUUACAAGAAAGGGGCUCAGGUAAAUCUGCAUGUGAAGUUAUGGGCCAUUCAGGAACUAGUUAGAAAUUAUGUUUAGGGCAGCGUUUCUGUAUAGCUUACUUUAAAACUUGGGUACUUAUUAUCUGAGUCUAACCCCAACUUUGGAGAACCGCAAUACGACCUUAGUUCAUGAUAAUUUGGCAUGUUGUGUAUUACAGGGUGUAACCGUUGUACCCAGUGUCCAGACAGCAGUUGGAAUUAUGUUGUUGACUUCCUUGUCCUAUUUGUAAGUACCAUAUGCAAACCUUCAGACCUGUAGUAUUGUGGUACCGGUAAUUACGUUAAUGACAGGUUUGUCAAUGAUAAAAAUAGUUAUUGAGUUCUAGCCUGGUUUCCACAUAAUCAUCUGGUUCUUGAGGACACAUAAUGAGAAGACCUGGAUGACUGCAUGGAAACCAGUUUAUAUUUUUUAUAAACUACAGUUUGUUCAGUCCAAUGGGAUUACCCCAUGUCAGUCAGCUUGUCCUUCCUUCACUCAUUUUCUACCGGUCACACAAACAGCAAAUCUGACCACACAAAUGAAAAAAAAUUAUAUCUCCACUGUUAUUUAAAUAGCUGAGAAAGCUUUAUCUCAUUUGAAAGGGCAUACAAUAAACUUUCCAAAAAAUAUAUUUUGCCCUCUGGAAGCCCAUAAUAUUUCAGAGUGUUCAUUAGCUAGGGAUUGGAGAUCGGAGAAUUCUCCGUUAACUACACAGAAUUCUCCGGCAAAUGUUCGGUAGCCUACCCCUAUUAUUUAUUCAGAUGCGGAACCUCUUUCAAAAUAUUCUCCUGUAACAUGUUACACCUUUCUCCCGCUACUAGAAUUCUAAGAGAAAACCCUGAAUACUUCACUGAAAAAAUUUGCAGGAUACAUUUUCUCAUAAUUUAUGCAGGCACUGAAAUAUAAAAUGUGAUUUUCCAAUAAUAUUACUCGGAUGGAGCUGAAAAAUUAAGAGAAAAAUUUUUCUUUAAUUAUCUGGGAAAACAGACCACCAAUCUGUUAAAAAUAUUGAACAAUGCAGAAUUUGCUAUAAAUUUCUUUCUAGUUGUACCUCAUUAUGCAAAUAAGGCUAAAACCCUAUUUGCAUACUUUGGCAUCUGUGAGUGUUUACUCACAGAAAAUGUCUGUUAUCUUCAUGUUUUGGUCCAUAAAUCAAUUUAAUGCACACAAGAUGAAUUCAAACUCUCUCUUAUGAAAACAAGCAGGGCUUUGAGAGUAGAAACCCAAACUAAGAAGCAUUUCAUCGAAUUUGCUGAACAUGUGUAGCAGAAUGAACUCACAGGGAACUAGAGCAUGCUAUGGUUAUAAACCUUUUCUUACCUCGACUUUUGCAUUUAUUUACCAGUUUAUGAUCCAAAAAGCUUUUAAAUUCAUUGUGAAGUACAUAUUUGGUUGAAAUUUGUCGACCAAAGUACCUUGAUGGCCAUUUAAUAUAAGCUACCACAAAUUCUUUACUUUAUCACCCUCCAUUUUUUUCAGCUUUCAAAAGAUCGUUGCAUGAAGCAUAUCAAUGGUUGGGGACUGAAACUAGCCCUGUGAUUGGUUUGAACUAUCUAAUUCCUGUGGGCCAAAUUUGGUGGCGAUCGGAAGUAAUGCUACUUUUUACAUUUUUUUGUGAUUUUCCGACAAAUUCGUCAGAUAUUCAUGACACCGGUAGAAAAUGAGUUAAUUGCUUCAGAGUUGUUUCCUUAUAGUCUUCUCAAACCCCUGAACACAUUUUGAGAUGAUGGUUGAGGUAUAUGUAUGUAGUUCGAUCCCCCAAAGUGUUUAGUUCACCAAUACAACAACAACAAGUUUAUUUUUCAGUAUUACCAUUUCAGGAUCGAAGGACAAUAAUAUAAAUUUAAGGAAAUACCGAUAUAAUUGAAUGGUAUAAAAAUUAUGUUUCUUUCGUAUUUCAAAUGCUUGAAAAACGUAAUUAGCAGUUAGCGUGCUAAUGUGCGAGUCAGUAUUGUUGAAAAGAAAACAGACAUUAUUAUGGGUAUUGUAAUUUGUAAAUAAUGUAUUUCAUUUGUUGAUUUUAAUAAAAAGAGUCUAAAUCAAAUCAUCGCGCGCUUUUUGUUUUCAACUGAAUUUAGAUUUCAGUGAUCACAAAUUCUAAGAUCUUCAGGAGUUUUGGGAAUUGUAAAUCUUGCAGUUUUGAUUUCUGAAUAUAGUUUCCAAUACAUUGUCACCUCCCUUAAUCCCUUUUUUUUAAAGUGAUUUAAUCAUUAAAAGAUCAUCAUUUAAACAUGUUAAUUAAUUAAUUAAAUUAUCUGGCCAGCUUAGUGAUGUCUUGAUUUUGAACAUCCAUGUAAUAUUUUGUUUGUGAUUCAAGCGAGAAUGCCACAUAGAAUAGGCUUAAGGCCAGGUACAUGCAGUGCGUAUGUAGGUUGUAAAACAGUAUUAUGACCAUGAAGGCUAGUCAUUAGAGUUAAUGGCUGUUAAAUAAUGAUUUUGAAACAUUUCUUUCUUGCUUAUCUUGGUAAGUGAUUUAUUAAGUAUAUGGAUGCUUGUAACUGCUUUUAUAAUGGCCCAGAAUUGAGAUUUUUGAAAAGUAGCUAUUAUAACUGCUUGUGUUUUUAAAGAAGCCUUUUUGUCAGCUAUUAUCCAGGCUUGCAUCAAAGAUAAUUUAUCAGUCUGUAAAUUCAAGUGAUUGAUUAACACUUUGGCAUUCACAGCAUUGUGCAAGGUGCAGAUUGGCAUUUUGGGCCACACAACUUUGGAACUCAACCAGAGUAUGUACGUAAAGCUGCUUUAGCCACCAUGAUAAUUUGCUUCAUUGGAUUUGUUGCUUACUUGAUAUUUCUGGUGAGUAUCUAACAUCUUUUAUAACCCUACUCGGUGCCAGUGGUUAGGUUACACAGCAAGUCUGUUUGAGCCAACAGGUCCAUCAUUAAUCUAGAGCUUAUCCCAGUUUCCGUAGCAUGGAGCCAGUAGGAGUAUCUCGCCCAGCGCUCCCCUCCAGGAUGGGAUGCUUACGUCUAUCACAGGGUUACAUCCAAACAGAAAACUCACCAGUAUCCAUUUAUAUAUGUUGUAGUUAAUAUUUUAUGUAUGCAUUUUUUGUUUCUCUUUUGUUUUGUGGUAUGGUUAUAUAUUGUAUAUUCUAAUGAAGUUUGAACAAAGGGAAAAAUAAUAAUUACCUAACAUAAAAAAUUAAGUGCAAUAUUGUAUGUUGGUGGCUGUCGGCUUGACACGUAAAAGUAAAACAGCAAACCCAUCAUUUAUUUACUAAACAGUUUUGUCUUAAUUAUAUCAAAGUUCCAUAGUUGCUUUGUUAUAAAAAGGGCUUUAUUGAUUUAUUGCUUUAUUUAUUUAUUUAUUUAUUUAUUAUGCAAGCACUCUCUAAAUUAAUUAUAUUUUUUUGCAGUUUGUUGACAGUAAGUCAGCCCAGAUGAGAGCUGAUAAGCAUCGCCAAGAAAUGUAAGACUAAAAGUAUAAAAUUUUUUUUGGUUACAUAUUUUCUUGUCAGCAUUAAUUUCUAAUCUAUAUUUUUGACUGUUAUUGAUGCAUUUAGAGUAAUAUUUGCAUUCAAAGACUUCAUUUCCACUACAUUAAAUUUAAGUACGUGAGAAUUUUUUCAAAAGGAAUUUAUUUUAAAAACUAAUAUAUGCUGUUACUAGAGUUAAAAUACUAGUUUAAAUUACUUGUGAUACUUCAGCCCUCUUAGUGACAAUAAAUAUUAGUUAUUUAGCUGUCUUUGGAAAAUUUGAUAGAUUCAGUUAUAUGUGUAGUUGUGUGUGUUUUUUGAAUUGGAGCCUUGAUAUGGCUUGUGACCCUUAUUUCAGGGCCGUCAUUAAAAUUUCAAGUUGGCGGGUAAAUGAUACAAGUCAGGCGAGAAAUCAAUCAGCUAGGGAUUUUGUUUUAUUCUAUCUUUCUUCUAUUUUCCUACAAAAGUAGGUGGGGAUCAUGUUCAUAAAUUACAGCUGGGGAAAAUCUCCUGCCCUCCACCCGUAAUGACAGCCCUUUAUCUGUUUGGUGAAAGUUUUGUCAAUUUUUUAAAAAUAAUAUGUUUUAUGUUGGCAGGAUGCAAAGGAAGGUGUUGCAUCGCUUUGUGAUGAUGGCAAAAAGGACCAUGCCAUCAAGUAUGGGUGAUCAGCUUGACUCUGGUGAAGAUAAAGCUGCCCAAGAAGGUCAGCAGUGCAGAUCAGUGUUCUAAACUAGUCUUUGUACAGUUGGUAGAUCAGCCUCAAUAUAACAAAGGGUCAUUAGGGACGGGCAAAAUUUGUUUGCUACAAUGUAUAACCAGGUUUUGUUAUUUCAAGGUUCUUUUUCGUAUAUUUUACUCUUAUAUUACUGGGGCAGUACUGUCCAAGGACUUUGUUAUAUAGAGGGUCGUUAUAUUGAGGUUCCUCUGUUAAUCUAUGCUUGAGCUAUUCUGUGGUUUUUGUUUCCUGUGUAUCAGGUUGUAAAAACUUUCACCACUUUAGUCGUUCAAUGACAGACUCAAGUCUCAUAUUAUUUUUAGUUUGUAGUGCGUAAAGUGUCCAUCUGAUGAAAGAUUAAAUAUCUUCGAUAAAUAAGUGACGUAACUACUCAACAGAACGUUCUUGGAAAAUAUUUUUGUUUAAAAUAAUUCUGCAAGUAGAAAUGUGUUUUUUUUGCCUUGAAAUGUUGGAUGUUGUUAAGGACACUAUAAAAUGACAUUUUUCCCUCAGCCCAUGUCCAGAAGAAAUAUUUUAAAGCCUGGCGUCUGGGGGCAGCAAUGGAUAAGAAAGAGCCAUCUGAAACUGAUCCUAUUGUACCCAAAGAGGUCCAUGGUGACAAAGAGGUAUAAUUCACUUUUAUGUUGUUCAUCACAAAACACUUCACUUGUUGUUAACCUUUCCUGCAGUAUCUUUUAAUUAAUUACUAAUGUUUGUGCUUGCCAGUUGCUCAUCUGCACAAUGUAUUUGUACUGUCUUGAUUAUAGCCUAAAUUGCCAGUUAGCUAAUUUGAAUCUAAUGAAGCUCAAUAAUUGUAAUAAAUUUGCCAGCUAUGUGUAAAAGUUCAAGGAGAACUCUCACUGUUGGAUAAAAAUUUCUGCUUGCUAAUGUUAACAUCUCCAUUGAUCCAUAUAAAAAAAAACCUUGCAGAACUGACCACAGUAUUUUGAGCAUCCAAUAUCUGCACAAAAAUAUACUAGUCUUUUUUACUGUUGGGAGGUUAAAAUGGAAAUAAUUUCUUUACAGCGACAACUUCACAGUGGUUGUAACAGGUUAAGUUUGUUCUUUUUUCUUUCUUACUUGUCAUCUGACAGGAACUUAUUGGUCGAGAUUCUUUUAAAAUAGAGGAGGUGAGUUUUUAGAGUGUGAUAUAAGUGAUAUGACUAACAUCUAAUGACGUUGAAAGAGGAAGUUUAAGCUGGAUAAAUAUCCCAGUUAUUUUGAAAUAUUGCCUUCAGCUGUUCAAGUUUUCAUACUCAGCCUCAUACUAAAUUACACUUGGCAUUGUGAGACUUGAAUGUAAUUUUAAACUUUAAAAUUACAUUCAGCCAAUUCAUCUUAGAUUUUAAUACUUUCUUACACCUCUUGACUGAAUACCCUCACCUGCUCUGUUCAAGACCAUGUGGACCUGCACACAUUCCGGGACCAAUCCAUGGGUUCUGCUGUCCAAUGGAUGGUUAAAACCCUCAGCAGUUUCAGAAGAGAAUUUUCCUAUGGGAAUGACAUAUAGUAAAACUCUAACAAAAAGAGGAAAAUAAGAUAAGCAGUGAGAAUUGGCAGUCGUGUUCCUUUUUUUCCUCACAUGUGCCCAAAUUUGCUUUUUCCACUGACAUGGUUGAAGCAUAAACCCCUUUAAACGGGCUCUGGAAAGUAAUUGCUCAGAUGACCAACAAAGUCUACGAUACUUUGAUACAUUGUGCCAUAUAUAUGGCUUUGAUAGCUACAAUCAGCAGUUUAUCGUUUUUUCUGUAAUCAGUAACAGGUAUUCUAAGACUACUAAGUCUCUAGAACUGAUGACCAUUCUAAGAUGUUUUUACACUCAUUAGGUUUGAUUUGUUGGUAAUGGUGACUUGUGAUGAACUGAACUAAUGUAAUACAAUCGAUGAAUGAAAAUAGUAUUGGUAGUCAUUAUGAUGAGCGUACUUAAAGUCAAUUUGCUCUACAUGACUAGCAGCCUGGUAAUUAUAGAUUAAUUGAUAGGUUACAAUACAUCAUCACUUUCCACAUAUUGUGUUAAAGGCUGCUCUUUAUAAUUUAAUCUUUAAUCAGUGGCUGACCAGCGAAUAACGCUAAGGAGUUCUCCGUGCUGCAAUCUUUCUUUUGAUUACUUAUGAAACUUUUCUGUGAACUAUUUACUGAAACUUUUUCAUUUACGGUUGUCGAUGACGUCCCUUUGUACAUAUUAAUUUGGCUACUUAUUUUGGUACUCCCUCUAACUCGAACGAAAAGUCCCAAUUCCUUAGGAGUUCACCCCACUUUUCGGUCAUGAUUUUUAACUCAGUGAAGUCGAACUAAAUUUCCUUUUCCUUCAUCAAAAUUUCACUGACAUUUAAUACGAUAACUGGAAUUCAGAUUCUUGUAACUCCACUCGGAUGCCAUCCCAGACUCUUUAGCUUUUCUUUUCUAAAUCGGUAGAAAAAACUAAAACCAACACUACAGCAAUCUGAUUUUAAUUGGUGCAACAAAAGAUUGAAAAAAAAAUCUAAAUAUUGUGUAAAAAGAAAGGUGUUUUUAGUUUCAAUCGUAAUUGUCUGGAUUAUGUUGAUGAUUCUGGCAAGUUGAACCAACUUUAUUCUUAUAAUCCUCGAAUGAACGUUGCAUUCUUCUGAUUGGGUGCGGCGUUUAUUCGGGGUGGGCGUCUAUUUGAUCUCAUUUAGCCAAAUUUAUGAAAAAGAUCUAUGUUUAUUACGCAGAAUGUACUGGUAUGAAACUUUCCAUUGCAGAAUAAUCUUAGCCACAGCACCGUUCAGGCACAUGUCGUGUUGUUUUAAAAGAAUCGUAACUUGUAUACUGUCUUGUCCUUUUUUUUCUUGUGAAGUGGUUGGAAAAAGUCUCGCAAACGAAAAGCAUGCAAGUUAUUGGCUUUAUGGCGUUGUAUUAAUGUUUGUUAUUAUUAUUUACCGAUCAGGAAGAAGAAGAGGAAGAGGAAAGCUUUACUCAUAUGGCCAUCAAAUGCGUUUCUCUUCUGGUUAUAGGAGUUGGCUUGGUAAGUUGUGACUCACUUGUAAUCAUUAGCUAUUGACGUAUCUGACUUAUCAAGUGAUGAGCUUUUGUUUGGUCAAUAGGUGUACCUAAUCGCAGCUGCCUUUAUGCCGCAUAUGUUGUAGAUUCCUGAAUUUCAUUUUGGGCACGUAUAGUAUGCUGGUGUUUUGAGACUUAUGUAUUUGUUCAAAAUGAUUGUUUUGUGUUUUCGCAGGUGACAAUUUUUGCUGAUCCAAUGUGUGAUGUGUUGGAUUCAUUGACAAACUCAAAGAACAAGUCUUACAUUCCAGUCUCGGGUAAGCUAUUUAUUUUCAGCUGGCCUUAGCGGAAAAUUUGCUUUCAAAGACGAUGUCAGUCACAUAGAAAACAAAAUUCAGGUCCAAACAUUUAUCAAGUUAGAACUCGUAGGAUUCGAGAAGCACCAAUCAUGGAAACUACAGUCUACAUUUGCUAGAGCCACAAUAUAAUAUUCAGGACAAUUAAGUCCUUUUAAAACUCUCAGCCUUGGGUUUAUUCUUAAAAAAUUCUUAAAAUUUCGAAAUUUUCAGCCUCGAUAUUCUUAUAGAAAAAGAGAGUGUAUAUUGCUUGCAAAUAUGGUAAGCGACAGUUAGUUAUGAAGAAUUAGCCGGGGAAUUGGAGUCAAUUAGAAACGGCGAAAUAUUUUGAAUGAAUAAUAAUUGUAUUUAUCUUUUACUGACUGUGGUAUAUUUUUCUUUAGCCUUUUACGUUUCAUUUGUGGUAACCCCGCUCUGCUCUAAUGCUUCUGAACUUGUGUCGUCACUGAUCUUUGCUUCUAAGAAGAAGAAGGAGAAUAUCUCCAUGACAUUUGCUCAGGUAGGCUCUUAAUUUAAGUCUCAGUAUAAAACAAAUAUUGCUAGAUUGUUUUUUCAUGUUUAUUUGUUUGCUUGUCUCAACUUCUUUUGGCACCCUUAAGACCGCCGGUUACCAGUUAAUUUUUGUUCUAAAAACCGUCAAUUACCAUGAGUUAUUUUUAUCCUUUUAGUUGGCAAGUAUCUCUGUACACUUGUGUGGGAUUUGGUCUUUAUAAGAAAUAAAUGGUUUUGAAACCAGUAUGACACUGUGUAAUAAAAGUUUUCACACGCUUUAACACGGGAUGUGUGUGGAUUACGUAAGCAAUUAAACCCGGCUCUUUUAACACGCUACAUAAAAGGCCUUUGUCUUUAAGUUUAACCUCUCGGAUUUUGGGGCUGCUUGUCAAAAAAUGUGAGGGAUUUGUAUAAUCUUUGGUUGAUGAUUAAGCUGGAAAAUAUUCUAAAUUCUUUCAGCUUUAUGGAGCUGGUACAAUGAAUAACACUCUUUGUCUUGGAAUCUUUGCUGCCCUUGUUUACUUUAGAGAUUUAAAAUGGUACUAUUCAGCAGGUGAGUAAUAUUCUGCUGAUCAAUCGUAUGUGCAUGACGCAACUUAAAUAUGCAGAGAUCCUUACCUCAUUACAUUGAAAAUCUGGAGCCAGUUGCCUCUUUGGCAUGCGCAGUACCCACCAACCGAUCAACCAUGCUCCCCUGCGUGGGACCAAUGGUUGCAUGUGGCGGUUCAGGGCCUAAUUGAUCAGGAAUGACAGGCUCUCAAAAAUCGCUUUUUUGAUGAAAUAGUAUUGUCAACGAUGAAAAAUGGCACAAAUACUUCGGAGUCCUUAUUGUGAUCGAAAACCAUUUUGAAUUUGGAGAGGAAAUAGACUAAAUUCCAAACUAAAACACAGAAAUGGCGGCUCCUACUUCAGUUUCAACCGGGAGAUGUGGUGACCCGAUUUGUGCCGUAUCCGGGAGAGUUUGCAAAUAUGAACAUGUAGCAAUUAACAAGGAAAAUAGCACUGAGUCUAUUUGUGACGAAUUUUAUGAGAAAAAUGAAGAAACAGAACAGCGGAAGAGAUACGAAUCCACGUCCUGUCUCCGCCCAACUCUUUAAAAAAAGAUUUGCAAACAAUUUUUUUUCCUUUCUUGUUUCUAGAGGUGACAGUGAUUAUCUUUGUACAAUGGAUUGUGGGAAUUACUGGCUUCCGAAUGACUUACAAGGUAAGUGUUUUCUUUCACAUGAAAAUGUUUGUACAAUCAUCAAAGAUUUGAAUGUUAUAUCAGAAAAGACCUUUAACUUUGAGAGCAUCCUUAAGAGACAUUCGCUGGUACGAGUAAAAAAACUUUGUCUAGAUAAAAGCUUAAAAAGUAAGAGAAAAUCACCUUGCAGCAUGCAGCUAACAUUUGUUAUUUUGCCGGCAUUUUUAUAGCUGUGGAUGGCUAUUCUGGUUGGUUCUCUGUAUGUGGUGUCAAUUGGCUUGGUCGCGCUUCUUGAAAGCAGUGCUAUUGGCUGGAAGUAACUGUGCCCGGUCGUCUGAAGUUAACCUGCAGGAACACCAAAAAUGUUCUUUGUUUACAAACCUCUGCCCUGUAUUGUGAAUAGACACAGAUUUCUUCUGUGUUUAGCUUGUACCGGUUAUUUAUACUUAUCUUUAGUAAGAGAAAGUAAGACAGUUCAAUUGAAGAAAACAGUGUUCUGCACAACUGUAUUUGUAUUAUCAAUUCUAACAUUGGGAGGAAAUGAACUGCUCUAGACGUAUUUUGCAAAUAUUUUUGGCUAAGAAACUACCCGUUAUAAGGUUGUGGUGAGAAAACCUCGACUUAGCUUGUAUACAGGCGUCGAUGUAUAGUAUUCAUAAUAUUCUCAAGUCAGAUACGUCAACAAAGCAUGAUAUUACUAUUGAUGUCUCGUGGUCAGUAACCAUAAAAUUGUUUGCACGUACACGUAUAGAAUGAAUCAAUGCAUGAAAGUGCUUCGUUAAAUUAACGUAGCCUUCAAUGAGCAGGAAUUACAUUGUUAACUAUGGCGUAAACAGGACAGUCUUGUCAGAGUUCUAUUUUGUCAAUAUUUUGUGUGAAUGAAUAGCGUCAUAAACAAGGAUAAAAUGUGGUAUUAGUUAAAAAUUAAACUUUGGAGUUUGCUGUUUCAUUAACGAGGAAAUAAACAAGGAUUCACUUGUUUAGCUUUCGAGUUGUUUGCUGUAGCGUCU